GCUUCAGUUAAAUAACCGUUUGUGUUAUCACACUUCCCCCUGCAUAUUACCAUGGUUUGCACUUUGUCCAUUAUAAGUUAUUGAACAGACAAUCAUUACUGUCAUCACUAUCAUCAGAACCAUUCGUCAAGAAAUAGCAACAGUUUGCUAACCGCAGUAGAGAUAGACACGCAGAAAAUGAAAAGCGAAGCGACUGCUACGUCGAUAGGCACCGUUGCCGCUGCCGCCGCUGUUUAGCCCUUGGUCAACUCUAAACGAGCAGACCUAUUGAUCAAAAGUAUUUCAGCUGCGACCGUUCCAUCACUUCAUAUUUUAAGGAUUGCCUAAAACUACAUUAUUUGAUGGGUCCUGUCAUCAUCUAAGACGGUAAAUAUUAUAUGAAGGAGAUCUGUAGAUCUGCCUUCUAUUUCUAGCAUGCAGCUCAACCGGUCGGCUCGUGGCUGCUGCUGCUGUUGUUGACAAUACCAGAGAAACAAGGGAGAUGACUCUCCACAUUGAUAAAACGCACGCCACUUGAAUGGGUGACACAUUCCCACACUGACGUUUUAAUGGAAACACUCAUGUACACAUUCGCACGCACCUUGCUUUUUACACUCAUACAUUCAACAACGUAGCAAAGGUGAGAUAUGGUUGCCGAAACAGUUAGAUUCAUUUAGCUAAUGUCUCAGUAGUGAAAAGAGAGAAAAAAAAGCAUAAAACGAACGAAAACAAGACAUAAAUCAUAUCAAUUGCACCAUAUUUUAUACACCAAUUAAAAUAGCCGACUAAUUUCUAACGUUGGCGAAACAUUUAGUGUGGAAUUAAAACCAGUUGAAAUUCUGAGAAUCAUUUUGAAGUUUUAUGAAAGCAAAGAAGGGAAAAAAGCUACAUUUUAAUUUAUUAGUCAUGCAAACAGUUGUGCAGUUCCUGAAAGCCACAUUAAAAGACUGUGACCUUAUAUUCAGCUUUAGACACUUAAAGAAUAUAAGUGGCAAAAGAGCUUAGAACAAAUCAUAGACUUAAGCUAGUAACUGUUAUAUUGUUUGCUAAUAACAUGAGAAGAAAGAAAUAUGAAACAUUCUUAGAUAAUUCUGUGAUCUUACUUAGAAAAUGUCACCUUCCUGUUUGCCAUACGUCUUGGCUGUGGCUUAGAUCCUCUUCAGAUUUUAGCGACAAUAAUAAUACGUAACCCACAUUUGCUAAAACAAAGAAACAGAAGAAAGGAGAAAGAAUUGAAAUAUCAAAAAUGUAGAUUAAAAACCACUAAGAAACAAAGCAAGCAUAUAUUAUUCAUCUAAUUGCCAUAUUUUUCCACAAGUGCAUAAUACAUUUUAUCAUCAAGUGUAAAGAAAAACCCUGUCUUGAACAUAUCAGUAAUUUUAUUCUAAAAAAAAAAAGAACGCCAAAGAAGCUCUGCCAAAAAAAAAACAAAAAAACUCUCUAGUCUCAGCAUACACACACACACACACACUAAAGAAAACAGAAACUCAAAUAAAAUAUCCAAUGUCUUUCAUUGCUACUAUGUAGAAUUGAUUGUCCAAAAAAAUAAGUUAUGUGUGAGAAAUUUUAAAAUAUAUUACUGGAAGCUUCCUGUCGGAUUACAUGUUUUUUUUACCGGUGGUAUGAAGUUGGUAUUUCCAAAAUGAUUGUCAUCAUUUUAGUAUCCACCUUAGCUGGUAUGAUACUAACUCUCAUUAUACAAUACAUAUGGAUUCGAAGAUGGUUUUCCAGUCUGCCAGAAGAACCAAUUCCAAAGAAACCACAAUUUGGGAAAUUUCAGUGUCCAGAGGAGUUGUUUAAAUUAUCUGGUGAUGCUAAUGGUAAAUUUGAAAAGGAAAGUUGCCGAUUCUUGAAUUUGAUAUUCCAGUUCCUCUUUCAAGAAUUGAGAGAUACAAGAGAAGUGCGAAGAUGGGUUGCGAAACGUAUGAGCAUGGAAUUUGAAGACAUGUUACAGACAACAUCAGGCAAAUUAUUGGACCAGAUUGUGGUUAGAGAUUUCAACCUUGGCACCAGGUUUCCAACUUUUCAUUCAGUUAUUGUAAAAAAUGAAGUAAAGGAUUCUGCCUUGGAGGUGCUGGAAAUAGCAUUGGAUAUUGAAUAUUCUGGUGGAUUCCAGAUGGCUGUUGAUGUUGAUCUCAUGUUUGGGAAAUCUGCGUAUUUGUCAAUCACUGUUACAAAGUUGGUCGGCAAAGCACGUCUCCUAUUCACCCGUGACCCUUAUACACAUUGGAAUUUUGCUUUCUAUGAGGAACCACAUAUGGAGUUUGAAGUUGAGCCUAGAAUUGAAGGAAAAUCUUUCCCUCAAAUAACUUCAUUUAUAAUAAAUCAGAUCAAAAGAGUCGUCAAAAAGAAGCAUACUUUACCAAACUACAAAAUUAGAUUUCGACCAUUUUUCUUCAAACCUGAAACACUCCAUCCACAGGCUGAUUUCUAUAUACAUGGCAUUCCAUUAGGUGUUGGUGGGCUUGAUGUUAACGUAAUUGGUUGCAGCCGCCUUGCCAAAAUACCAUCAAAUGUUGCACUCUUCUGCACCGUCUCCCUCAGUAAGUCGGCCAUCUUCUUUGUCUCUUUCAUCCUUGUUUUGUCUGUUUACAUCUGAGGCACAGAUAUAACCAAACAGUUUUUCUUGAAACAAGAUAUCUCCUCCAUAUCACAUCUCAUCACACCCUGCCAAACCUCAUCAAAAUUAUCUCAUGGCAUUUCCUUUCACCAUAUUCUUUUAUCACAUCAAGUACUGCUAUUGGCAGUAUAUUUGAGUGCAUAGUAUUGCUACUAUAGCUGUCAUCACCACCUGUCAUCACCACCUAUCAUCACUAACACCAACAUCACUACUGCUCCUGUCACCAACACAUCAGCCACCAUCAUUGUCAUCAUCUUCUGACAGUGCUGAUCAAUAUACACACACAUGCGCACAAUGUUCAUGUACUAUCUUUACAACUCCUACAAUUUAUUAUAUCAGAGUUGAGAUCCAUCAAUCAGUUUUAUGAGAAUCAUCACAACACUUUCAUGUGUUCUGAUGUUUCUAAUAAAAGU